AAACAAUUCAUUAUUUUCAAUGGAUUUCUAUUCAAUAGAUUUUGAAGAACAAGAUUAACAAAGUACUUAGUUUUCUUAAUUCUAGUAUUAGUUGAAGAAGUAUAAAUUGAUUCAUCUGAAUAAUAAAUGUAUUACGAUUAUGAUCAAAGUUUGUAAUAUAAGCCAGGACAACUAAAUACUUUUAAUGGAUAUACAUAAGAGGAGCCUGUCCUUUUAUUUAAUUUUUUUGAAGAAGCUCCAAAAAAAAAAUCUAAACAAAUUAACAGAAAAUCAAAAAAAGUUAAAAAAGCUGAUUCAGAAACUGAUGUAUCAUUGGGCAAAAGAUAAAAACCUUGUAUGACUAACAGAGACUUCUAGAAACUUUAACAAUGUUAAAAACUUAAAAAAAUCAUUAUUUAGAUGGAAUCUCUUCUAAAACUAACUAGAACUUAAAUUCUCAAUCAAUACAUCAAAAAUCACUCUAAUUGAAGAUCUUUCUUGAUAAAUUAUAUCGAGUUAUAUAUAUUGAUUAUAUUAACUAAAUACACU